GCUCACAGUGCGCACUGGAGCUGAGUCUGAGGAGCAACGGGACACGCGCCACUCGACUUCUACUGGAGGAGCGGCGCUACUCUCAAAGCGCUCGGACGCACGUAUUGCUAUGACAACUGCGCAUCCACUUUUGGGUGUGACUAAUUUCUUAGGCGUAUGUGUCAGAUUUGGCCUUAUCACAGCUCGUGUGAAGGCGCGGAUGACUUAAAGCUGUCAUUUCUCAGCACGGCUCGGUGCGGUUUUACUGUGUUCCCUCUGCACAUGUUUUGGACUCCAAUGUGGACCCACGGAGGAAUGCGCUCUCACUCUUGGCCACGGGCUGAAGUUCAGGUGGUGAAGGUGUGAACUCCAAAUGCAUCCACUCCUCAGCCGGGAGAAGAAAGAAGAAGACGAAGAAGAAGAAGAAGUGGGUUUUGGGGUCGGUUUUUUGCCCCACGCGACCAUGUUUAGCUGCGUGGGCUGUUUUUGGGUGCUCCUGUCCUCUGCUCUUGUCGCGGUGUGCAGUUUCAGCUUCAUCUCACCCGCGUGGAUAGUGAAGGAGCAGCUGAGGAACAACCACCACCCUCAGCACCACGGCCACAGUAACAAGGACUCUGUGAGCUUUGGGCUGCUGUGGCACUGCUCAGAGUCCCUGGAUCACAUGUACAGAUGCUACACCUUUGGAGGAUUGGGAAAAUUCGCAGAGAUCCCCUCCAGCUCCUGGCAGACCAGUGCGGUGUUGUGUUCGGGCGGCUGUGCUCUGCUGGCUGUCAGCUCCCUGUUGGCCAUCAUCACCAUCUUCCUGCCCGGUGGAGGCUGCGAGCGUCGGGCCUGCACUCUGGCUGGGUACAUGCAGAUGGCAGCAGUUUUCAUCAUGGCGGCCGGGCUCCUGGUCUACCCCUUCGGCCUGAACUCCACUCUGGUGCGGUCGUUCUGUGGAGACGCAGACAUCUACUACGCCGGGGAGUGCCAGAUCGGCUGGGGCUACAUGCUGGCCAUUGUUGGAGUCAUGCUCACAGUUUUCUUGCCCUUUUUUGCCAAAUAUGCACCAAAAGAGCAGCUUUCUCCCACCCCACUGCCCACGCUGUUAUAGUUCACUGACAAGUCCUGGUUUUCUACUUUCCCUGUAUUCAUUAACCUUGGAAAGACGUGGACCGAUAUACUCAAAUGUUUUUUACGCCCCUUAAAAAUUCAAACAGUGUCUUCCCCAGUUUAAAUUUGAGUUUCAUUUUGUUUCUUCUUGGCUUUAUACCUGCAUUCAGUGUAAAAUCAAAAGUAUGUGUCCAAUUAUUUGUAAGGUCCAAAAACACUAUCUUACAUUCCAAUUCUGUCUUCGGCUUGCCAACGUAAAAAUUUAAGACCAAUGAGAUAUUUACCAAUGAAAGACAUCACAAAAAUGGUCAAGGUUUCAAAAUCAAUGCAGCAAGAUCCUUGGAAAAAGUUCACCAGGAGAACAAUGCAUUGGAUUGUACAUAGAACAUGGACUUACAAAGAUGUGCAUUAAGUUCAAGGAUGGGGCAAGUUGUCAUGUGACAUUUGAAAUAGUGCUUUCACCAUGCACCCGGCGGUUAAGACGUCUGUGCUUAAAUACAGUGUAAUUAAUGUCAAAGAAAAGGACAAUGCUCCCAGCUUUUGACCUGCCAAAAGGACAUGUGGAAAGAGGAAGUGAACGUAACAAAAGUGUUGUCAUUGUACCGUCCAGAUGCAUCAUUCAAAUUUGUACAUUUUUUGCUUGUCAAACGUAAGCAAUCUUUUCCUCUUUGCAACAGAGACUAAUUCAGGAAAAAUCGAUGCAAAAGGCAGGGAAAUCGUUUUUAAAAAAAUGUCAAAAAUGCAUGAUGGCUUUUGUUAACGGUAAAACAUUUCAAUGUGAUCCGACCACUUUGUGCCUUUGACAUAACCAAGACGAGUGUUAAUACGAUGAUCAGGUCUCCUCUCUUUCUGCCCAAAACAAACUGUGGACCCUGUUGUGUGGAUUUCUGUUCGACUUGUUGUUGUUGUGGUAAGGUCUUGUCUGUACCUGAUGCAGUACGAUCUGUUUAACUGGAAACAAUCUUUUUCAGAGUGAAGAUGUUUUGUUGUACUUGGGGCAAUGACAAAGAAGAGGAAAGAUUAAGGAAAACAUUGGUCAUACAUUUUGUGAUAUGUUUGUUAUGAGAAGACAAAUAGCAUUUUAUUUUUGUUUUACUGUCGCCAUGUUUUAACCAAAAUUCAUUCAUUUCAUUCACACUGCUGGGUUACCAAGGGCAGGUAAAAUGACUAUUGUUAAUAUGCAUAUGUUUUAAUAUAAGGUUCAAGGCCCUCGCCAACACUUCCCUUUCAGUAAUUUGUUAGAAAAAAACACUAUAUAAAGUACUGAGAAAACCGGCUCUUGUGAUUUGAAAACCAUGACUAAAAUUACAUGUAGAUCAGAUUCUUUCAAUUAUUUGUAGCACUUAUGACGAAUAUUGAUGUACAAUAUAAAUUAAUCCUGGCAUUCCUUGUCUCCGUGAAACUGGUCUUUCAGCCUGAGCUCCUAAAUCCGUUUUGAAUAUGCAUAAAUCCCAUAUAUUAGAUUAAUUAAUUGUAUCCCUAUUGUUGCUUAAUUUUCAACCUCAAUAACUGUGGGUCUGUGAAAAUGAUGUUAACAUUUGUGCUACAUUCAAACAUGAUCAGAAUGUUAAUGUGGCUAUAACUAAUACUCUUUUGAAUAAGCUGCAGUCUUGGCGUGCCAUUCAUGUUUCAAGGAGAAAUUUUUGCUUUUUCACUUACCAUUAUUGUACACUGCCAAUUUCAUUAAGCCCAGUCUUUCCUGUGUGAAUCUCUGUGCAUAUUAAUGUUACUAAUGGUUUAAACAUUUCCAAAUAUGAUUCCCAAAUGUUCUGAAAAUGGAAAAAUAUAGAAUAAUCAUGUUCCUUAGAUGAUUGUGUUACAGGAGGACAGUGAAGACAUGUUGGUAUGACAUUGGAUCCUCUUCGUUGCUUGGCUGUCUGAAUGACUGUGUGACUGCACUGGAUUUCCCCUCUUAUUUGUUAAACAGUUGUGUGUAAAGUCUCAGCACUGGUGAACAUGUUUUAUUAGAGUAGGAUAUUGUUUUGUUUUCAUUGUGAUGUUGAACUGUAAAUAAACUGUUCUUGAUCUCGA